AUGCAAUCUCGAACACUGCAAGCAGUCUCGAAAGCAAUUGUUGCUGCUGGUACAGCAGGAGCAAUUACGACGGCAUGUUGGCUACUAAAUCGAAUUCUAGACGACCACGAACCCAAGUGUAUCGUUGAUGCUGAAACCUUACAUUUACAUACCAAACCAACGUCUACAGGUGACGACUACACUAUAAGUACCAAGUACUCCCAGCAAAAAGAACACGAUGUGAACAACAGCUUUGCACUGUUGCCAACUGUCUCCGAGUCGGACGAAGAGGUCGAUUUGGACAACAGCUUUGCAUUGUUGCCAAUUGUCUCCGAGUCGGACGAAGAGGUCGAUGGAGACGCCAUGGACUACAUUACCGACUACUUUACUCCACCAAAUGACGUCUGCAUCUUAUCUGUCAGUGUUCCGACACUUAUGGAUCAAUUGUCACAUGUUUCUACCGAUGGCAUUCCAGAUUGUAGACUCUGCAAAGCUGCUGCAAUCGAGAGCAGUGACUUGACCAUUGACGAGAUUUACAUGGACGAAAAAAUACAAACGUUGUUGUUCUCAAGCACAGAAAAAAGCAGCAGCAGUAUUGAUAGUAAUAAUAGUGUGGUGUCUGUAUCAAGUGAAGAUGAAGAGGAGGAGGAGAUUCAGUGCCCUCGAACAUACUCAAGGAAGUUAUAUGUCAGACUGUAG